UACUAAAACAUAAAUAGAUCCGAGUCACAGAUUUUGAAUCCACUUUUAACAUCCGUAAAGUAGUGUACAUAUAUAGGAGUAUGUUUUAAAUCCACAUAGCAUUUAUGGGUUAUCUUGUUACAAACCAGGUGGAGAUCAAAGGGACCAUAAUGUCAUAACUCAUAAGAGGACCAAGAAAAAAUGGUUAUAACUUCUAAUGACUUUUGCCAUUGUGGCUUCCACACAUAUAUCUCACUUUUUCACUCAGACACAUAGACAUUACACAACACAUGCAUGCCUUUAUAAAUAUUUACACAUCAUCCUUCAAUAUCCACCCAACUCACUUUCUCUCUCUCUCUAAACACAACCAAAAGCAUUUCUCUCAAACCCACCCAAAAACAAAAAUGGCCAUCCUUAAGAAAUCUACAAAACUGGCUCAAACAGCAAUGCUUAGGCAGAUUCUGAAGAGAUGUUCAAGCUUAGGUAAGAAGAAUGGAGGAGGAUACGAAGAAGAUGAUCUCCCACUUGAUGUACCAAAAGGACACUUCCCUGUCUAUGUAGGACACAACAGAAGCACAUACAUAGUUCCUAUCUCUUUCUUGACCAAUCUUGACUUUCAAUGUCUCCUUAGAAGAGCUGAGGAAGAGUUUGGUUUUGAUCAUGACAUGGGUCUCACCAUUCCUUGUGAUGAACUCUUCUUUCAAGAUCUGACUUCCAUGAUCAGAUGAGAUCUCAAAAGUUUUAAGAACAAGAAGAAGAAGAAGUAAGCUAAAGGAGAUUGAGAUCGAGAUGGUUAAAGAUGAAGUUUAUUUUUUAGUUAUUUUUUAGUAGCUUCUCUUUUUUUUUUUAACAUCCUCUCUCUUUCCUUUAGUUUAAUGAUUCUUCAAUGUCUUUCCUAUAUUUUCUCUCUUUUUUUUUUCUAUUUUUAAGCUCAUCUUGGGUCUUUUUUACGGGUCAAUAAAAUUUGACUCGGCAAACAAAAAAAAAAAACCCACGAAAUGAUUUUUUUUUUUAAGUUCUGUCAAGAAAGCUUGUAAUAUUUUCCUCACGGUUAUUUCGUCUGUUAUUGUAUCUGUGAUAGACUUUAAUUAUGAUCUUUGAUGAUUAUUAUGUUCUGAGUAAAAAAA